AUGUUGGGACUUAAUCGAUUUUUUCGUGAUUUUGCUGCUUUGUUUCACCGAACAUAUUUAUUAAGCAUCCGAAAACGAGGUCAGACGAUAACCGAGAUUCUUUUGGCAUGUAUUUUUCUUGGCCUGUUAUUGGGGCUGCGUUAUACAAUUGAUCGUCGUUCAUUAUCCAGUUAUCAACUAGCACGAUUUCGACCACAAGAUUUAAUGACUCUUAAUAAAACAUAUACAAAUCUGACAAAUGUAAUUUACUAUUAUCCACCAGGAACAUGUACACAGGCAAUUGUAACAGCAGCUGUGACAAAAUUAACAACAAGUUGGCCAACAUUUAGUCCAACAGUUCAAAGUCUUUCAUCAUCAGAUAUUGAAAAUACUUUAUCAACGUCAACUCAACAAAGUCUCUAUGCAUUUAUUUAUUUUACGAACGUUGAUUCAAGCUGCGCAAGUCCUUCAUCUCUACCAGAUCAAAUACAGUAUACCCUAAGAAUGCAAGAAAAUGGUUUAUUUAAUUAUCGAGCAGAGAAAACAGUUGUUGAACAAGCAAAUAUUUUGUGGAAAUAUUCACCAGAAUACUAUUGUCAAGACAAUCUGAAUGAAAGCAAUUACACAACUUCAUUCUUAGGUGUUCAAUAUUUCGUCGACUUAGCGAUCAUUGAGUAUGCAACAUCAACAGCAAUGAAUGAUUUAUCAAACGUUCAUUUAAAUCAUUUUGGUUGCCCCUCUUACUAUGAUGAUCAAUUAUAUUCUCAAAAUAAUUUUUUCCUUUGUAUCUUUAUCGCAUUAAUAUUUAUGAUUACAUUUAUUAUGAAUCUGGGUUAUAUUGUUGAAGAACGACACAAUAAAAUAAAGCAGCUUGAGAAAGAUGAGGGCUUCACGGGUAGAAAAUAUUUUAGUGUCUUUGCCAAGGACGAAGCUCUAACAGUCAAAGUAGUUGGCUUUCUAUUAUGGGUUAUAACAUUUAUUGAUUAUUAUACGACAGCUCCAUUAGGUGUUAAGUAUUUCAUGACCAUGUUUCCAAAUACAAGUUUGAUGUUUAUUAUACAAGUUAUGUUGCAAUAUGAACGAAAAAGUUGUAAGUUAUUCUGUAUGAUUGUUAUUAAACUCAUUCAGAGCAAUUUUUAACAUAGUUUUCAGAAGAGUCUGAUCUAAACUAAAAUUUUCUUGUGCAAUUAAAAAAAGAGGAGACAGUGAACUGCCAUAGAGCACGACGGUAGGGGUGAAUAAGAUCAUAUUUUUGUUCCCGAUAUAUUUCAAACAAAAUUAUAUGGCCAAUAUUAACAUCAAAUUUUAAACUUAAAAACUAUCACGGGCUCAGAUUUUUGAAACUGAUGAUCUAGCCAGUUAACAAAAAACAGUUUUCGUAAUACGGAUUUUUUUUCGUACUGUGAUAAGCUGCACGUUUUCUAGAGUGAUAGCGGCUUCUGAAUGAAAACCAGAUAGUAUCAAAGAUGGACUUGAAUCAAUCAAGGACUUUACAUAUUACCAGCAAAGAAAAGAACGCAUUUUUCUGAAUUUUUUAGCGGUAAUGAUUAGAUAUGCACCGGGUCGAGCUACCCGAAAUUCGAGCUACUCGAAAUUCGAGCUACCCGAAAUCCGAGCUACUCGAAAUUCGAGCUACCCGAAAUUCGAGCUACUCGAAAUUCGAGCUACCCGAAAUUCGAGCUACUCGAAAUUAGUAUUUUUUUAAUGAAAAAUGAAAUCAAAACACUACUUCAAUCUAUUCUAUUGACUCUUUGAGCUGAUAAAAUAGAAAUAAAAAACCGUUAAAAUAUCGACAUCAGGACACUCUCUAAAUAAUCUCACUU